AUGGGUCUUAAAGUGGGAGAUCUUUCUUUACUGUUUAACUUUUUUAGCAGUGACAACAAGGAUUCAUUACUAAACACUGAAGACAGCUUAGAAGAGAUGGAUAAACUAGAGUUUAUUUGUUCAUGUGCUGCAGAAUCUUCUGAUGCUGGUGGCUCAACCUUAAUAACGAUUACUAGAAUUGGUAUAGUUCUGCAGCUCCUAGAGCUAAUGUCAAAUUCUCUUGAAUCCUCGUCUCUAAAGGUUCCAAUUUUUGUAAUAUCUUCUGUGGCAGAAGAGUUAUUGGCAUACACAAACACCAUACCCGAGUGGCUGUGCGAGCAACGACAGGAGAAGUUAAUUUUAGGAGAACCAUCAUUUGGCCAUCUUAAAUUCAUUAAAGACAAGAAGAUCCAUUUGUUUCCUGCCAUUCAUUCACCCAACUUAAUAACGAGUUGGCAGGAACCAUGCAUCAUAUUUGCUCCUCACUGGAGUUUGCGACUUGGCCCUUCUGUCCAACUUCUUCAGCGUUGGCGUGGAGAUCCAAAAUCAUUGCUUGUUCUUGAGGAUGGGAUUAGUUCAGGUUUAGGACUUCUCCCUUUUAGACCGAUAGCAAUGAAAAUUCUCCAAUGUUCAUUUCUUUCUGGAAUAAGGUUGCAAAAGCUCCCAACACUUCUUUCCGUUUUGCAGCCAAAGAUUGUCUUGGUCCCUGAUGCUGUCAAUCAGAGGAUCAAUUUUGCUGCAAUGAAGACAAUAUCAAUCCUGAAUUACUUUGAAAACAAGACGCUACGUGUACCAAGAAUUGCAGACAAUCCAAGCGUAGAGAUUACGACAGACUUGGCCUCCAAAUUGAGCUGGAGAAAACUGAGACAACGUGAAAACUUUGGUAUUGCAAGAUUGAAAGGUGGGCUUCUGAUGGAAGAUGGGAAACACAGAUUAGUUUCAGGGUUGGAGCAGGAAGAAAGUUCAGGAAAGGCUCGGCCAUUGAGGCAUUGGGGCUCAGUGGCUCCGGAAUCACUUUUAGACGCUUUACUGAAAAUCGGAAUACAAGGAUCCUUAGAACAGAGCAUAGGUGAGACUGGAUCAGACGACAACAGUAUAAUCCAUAUAGCAAAUCCUAGCAGUGGCCUGAUAGAGGUCUCAGAGAUGGGUACUGCUAUUAUAACAGACGAUGAGAAUGUAGGCUCUCAGGUCCUUCAGGCGAUUGAUGGAAUUCUUGACGAAGAAGUCUAA